UUUAAAAGGAAGUCAACACAGUGACAGUUCUUGCACACUUUCUUGCAACCUACACUCUAAACUACUUUAAGCUGACAACGAUGAAUCCUAUAGGUCACCCGGCUGAUGCUGUUCCGUUACAGGGAAGGUAUGAUGGGCAGUUUGUCCAGCCUGGACAGCCUGGAGGACCUACAGUGGUUCAGUACACCACUGUGAACAUGACCACUGAGCCCCCCAAGGACCACAUCAUCUGGUCUCUCUGCUGCUUUUUGUACUCAAACCCGUUCUGCCUCGGACUGGCAGCUCUCAUCUUUUCUAUCAAGGCCAGGGACCGGAAGGUGGUUGGAGAUCUGGAGGGUGCCCGACACUACGGCUCAACUGCCCGCUGUCUCAACAUCUGGGCCACUGUCCUGGCUUCCAUCGCGAUCUCCAUUUGCAUUAUUAUACUGAUUGUCAGUGCUGUACAGGCAAAUCAAAUGUACAGACACUACAAUACCAAUUACCAUUACAAUUACAGAGGUUAAAUUUCAAAAGUGUUAAAUGAGUAGCUUGCUGCUGUGGCUUGGUGAUCCUUGUGUUUCUCUACUUCAUGCUCAUGGCACUAUUUGUAACUUUUUAUACAUUUUUAGUAAUAUCCUCAAGCAAAACAGAUUCACAUUUUUAUUGGUGUUACAAAAGUCUUAAAAGGAACUCCUGCUCAACUACAACGACUUUUUACCCACUAGCUUCCUUAAAACAGUUUUGAGAAGCCUAAUCAAAGAACUAAGAGUCAAGCCAGAAUCUUGAACCUAUCUCGGACUCAGAUUUAAAUGUCAACAGUCGCAUCAUCUUUAUCUGCUUACUACCAUCUAAAAAUAUUGCUAGAAUCAGAGGAUGACUGUGCAAGCAAGACCAAGAAAAGCUUACCAAUGCCUUUAUUUCCAGUAGAUUAAUGUCAGACUUUUCCUGUCUGCGAGAACCAUGUCUUAGCAAUUGUUUCUGCAGCACAGUUUUAUUUGUCAAUAAAUUAAAGUUAUAAUUUCCGUUGAGUAACUUUUCUGAAAUCUGCUUGUGAGAUUUUGAGAGAAAAAAAAGAAUGUUUUUGUAAACACACUGGCAUUAUUUCCACAAUUAUAGUUUUACCAUGUAUUAAACUUUUUCAUUUUAAUGUAAAGUUUGAUCAAAUGGCAGAAUAACAGAUGUAACCUAUGAGUGAGCUUGUGAGCUUGUCUGCAGGGCUUUAUCUGUUAAGUCCUUGUAUUAGCAUAGAAGGGACACGGCAAAUUGAUUUUACAAUCUCUUCUAGUUUUUACACUUAUUUCCGCUCAUUUGUGUUCUUUGUGAUCUUUGAUCUAGCCAUAGCUAACCACACGCUACCACCCCUAGAAAAAAAGACAGACCUCAUUUCUACAUGCCCUUUUAAUAAGGUCAGAAGUGAACAUUACAGUUUUAUCCAAAGCGACUUACAGUUAUAUGUCACACACCUCUGGAGCAACUAGGGAAGUGGGUUGCUUAGGGCUGCAUUGGCGGAUGUGUUGCAGAAUUAAACCUUGAUCUCCUACACCAAAGGCAUGUGUCUUAUCCGCUGCUCAAACGCAACCCCUUCCUAUCUGGCUGGUCGUCUUCUGCAUGUUGGAAAAUUCAAAGGAGUAAAAAAAAGCAUCAUCACCCCAGAAAUAACUUGGUAUGGAUGACAAAAUUUAAUCCCAUUAGCAAUAAAACACUUUUAUCUUCAAUCUUAAUUCAUCCACCUAUUGCCUUGAUGUUUUACCCACUAGCUUCCUUAAAACAGUUUUGAGCAGCCUCAGAAUCUUGAACCUAUCUCGGACUCAGAUUUAAAUGUCAACAGUCACAUCAGUCACAUAAUCUUUAUCUGCUUACUACCAUCUAAAAAUAUUGCUAGAAUCAGACGAUGACUGUGCAAGCAAGAGUAGUAAACAAAGGUUAGCUCUCAUGAACGCGCUUAAAUCGGGCAUCACAAACAAGGACCCUAUGAAAUUCAUGAUAUUACCUACAGUUAUCUAUAUACAACUAAAUUAAGUUAAGUAUAGUGUAUUAUAAUCCUUGUGCCUCAUCAAAAUGCAGGGAGAAAUAUCAAGAUUUUAAAGCAUAUAAUGCAGAGAAUCUUGCUUCCUCUUGUGUUGGAAUGACUGGGAAAUAUGGGUUGUGGGUGAUUCAGUGUGGGUCUAUGUAUGCUUUUUCUUAACUUUGAUUAAACUGUCUUAUAGUAAAUAAUAAUGACAAUUAAACUUUCUCAGUAACAAGCUG